UAGUCUGACCGCAUUUUCUUCCCACACCUCCACCGGCUAAGGUGAUUGCAACGUGCUUUUCUCAAUCAGCCAUGGCGUCUGACGAACCCAAAGCAAAGAAACCUAAACUCUCGGAGGAGGAGGAGGAGAAGAAGGAGAAAAAGGAGAAAAAGACAGAGUCUCCGACCAAAGAGACUCCUGCCAAACUAAGCCCAAACUCACUCUUUGGGAUGGGAAACCCUUUACUGGACAUCAGUGCCGUAGUGGACAAAGACUUCUUGGACAAGUAUUCUCUGAAACCCAAUGAUCAGAUCCUGGCUGAAGACAAACACAAAGCACUGUUUGCGGAGCUAGUGAAGAAGUUCAAAGUUGAGUACCACGCUGGAGGAGCCACACAGAACUCUAUAAAGAUUGCUCAGUGGAUGAUCCAAGAACCUCAUAAUAUAGGCACCUUCUUUGGCUGCAUUGGCAAAGACAAGUUUGGUGAGAUCCUGAAGAAGAAGGCUGAGGAGGCCCACAUCGACGCCCACUACUAUGAGCAAGAGGAGGAGCCCACAGGGUCAUGUGCUGCUUGCAUCACGGGUGACAACAGGUCACUAGUAGCUAACCUAGCCGCUGCUAACUGCUACAAGAAGGAAAAACAUCUAGACCUGGAAGAGAACUGGAAGCUGGUGGAAAAAGCCAAAGUCUACUACAUAGCUGGUUUCUUCCUGACCGUCUCUCUUGAGUCCAUCCUAAAAGUGGCAAAGCACGCCUCUGAAAAUAACAAGCUGUUUUGCCUGAACCUCUCUGCACCCUUCAUCUGCCAGUUCUUCAAGGACAACCUCAUGCAGGUCAUGCCCUACGUGGACGUGCUGUUCGGCAACGAGACGGAGGCAGGUACUUUUGCUGAUGAGCAGGACUUUGAGACCAAGGACAUUAAGGAAAUUGCCAAGAAAGCCCAGGCUUUACCCAAAGUCAACACAAAGAGACAGAGGAUUGUAGUUUUGACCCAGGGGAAGGAUGAAACCGUUAUAGCCCAAAGUGACAAGGUUGACACCUACCCUGUACUUACAAUUGAUCCCAAGGACAUCGUCGACACUAACGGUGCUGGUGAUGCGUUCGUAGGAGGUUUCCUGUCUGAGCUUGUCCAGGAGAAGUCCCUGGAUAAGUGCGUGAAGGCGGCUCAUUACGCCGCCAACGUCAUCAUCAGACGAGCGGGAUGCACCUUUCCAGAAAAACCCGACUUUAACUGAAACCUACACAUUUUUGCCUCCACAAAUCUUGACCCAUUAUUGCCUAUUUUAUAUAAAUACUUCCCUUAGUGGGUUUUAUUUUUGUGUUUAGUUUUUUUUAAUUCAGCCACCCGUCCUCGUUAUUUUUUUUUAAUUAUUUCUUACCAACUAAGAUUUUGGCACGACCUUAAACGUGCCUGUCUCCGAGUUCUCCACUUGGGGCCACUAGAGGAUUGUGUUUUAUAUAAAUGGCAAGGAAGAAAUCAUGGUGACACCAGGGAAUGUGAAUGGGUUAAAAUCGGAAUGUAAAAACCUGUGUUCGUGGACUGUUGUUUUGGGAUUGUUAAAGUGUUGUGGCUGUGACGCCCGUCAGACUCUACUGCGAAAGGCUGUUUCAGCGGGAAGGAGGCGCAUCAUGCUCGGAAGACUAAAGAAUAAAACAUCACUUUCAAGGGAGGUUUUGGAUGCCACACGUCAACGUGCAGUGGUCAUUUGUUAUAGGAGUUUAGAUUUAAUUUAACAAGCCAGUUGUGUUAAAUGUUUUUAGUAAUGGACGCGUUCUUAAAUGUGUCCAAGCUUCUAAGUCCUGUGAUGUUCAGAUUUAGUUUGUUUUGUCUGAACUGUUUCAGAGUAGCUGCACUAAGAAUCGAGUGCCUUUUAUUUCCUCCUCCUGUAAAUGUUAGAAUUUACAGAAUAAGAUUAUAUACUUGGAAGUUCUCUGCCAGAGGAACACAGUGGGCAUUACAACAGACCUCUGCUGUUUUUCACUUGGAGCUGGUUGUCUGUCUUCUUAAAGGCUGUUUGUGUGUGUGUUUAUCUCCUGCAAAAUCAUAGCAUAAGGAACCCGGCUUGAGGACUUCCAGCUAUGUUAAAACAGACAAUGAAUUUUUACCUAAUUGGAUUUUAAUAAUUUUGUUGGAUGAUUUCAGUUACAAAUAGAAGAUAUUGGAUAGAAAAAGUGAGUAACAUAAGCUAACCGUUACAAGGGGCCAAACAUUUCAAACAGACUGUUCACAUGACACCGUCACGGUCUGUGCAACACUGAGCUCAACGCUUGAACAUAACAUCAUAACAUAAGAUUUUUAAAAAGUGCAGGGCUUAUGUGAUAGGAAGAAACUUACCUGGUAGUGCUAAAGUAACACCGUUCUUCCAUUAAAUAGCUCCUUUGUACGUUAAGAUGCACCUCAACAGCCUUACGUGACCUUUUGCUUCCUUCAACACUCGAGUCAACCUUGUGUGCAGCCGACCGAUGUCCUGACACUGACAAAUAAAACAUCAUGUCAUUCA